AUGGCUGUAUAUGGUCUCGGAGGACUGGAAACGGGAAGAGCGUCUCCUAGUAGGGAUGAUGGGGCGGCCCAAGCCGAGCAACCAGCCGGGCUGGGGCGACCUUGGGUAGGAGGCCAUUUAAAUGGGGGAUCUGUCCCGGCAGCGGGCAAAGCAGUGACGACCCGGCAACAAGAGGGCCAAAAUGAGCCCUCAGAACCGGAGAAUGAAUCCUAUAUUAAAGAAUUUAUAAAAAAAUAUAAUAUCCAAUUUGAUAUGUUUAGUAAGAUUGAUGUUAAUGGAGACGAUGCUCAUCCUCUUUGGAAAUAUUUGAAGUUUAAACAGGUUUUAAUUUAUACAUUCUUUUUCAGUUCUAUUAAAUGGAAUUUCACAAAAUUUCUGGUGGAUAAAAAUGGACAACCGGUUGCUCGUUAUCCACCUAAUUACCAACCACUGGAUAUCGAACCAGAUAUUUUGAAAUACAUUGAAAAGAGUAACUUAUGAUCUAUUAUGGAUCUUAGGAUGUUUUUUGUUGACACAAUACACAUGGAAUUUAAAAAUAUUUUUAUUAAACAGAAG